UCUAACGCCGACCAGGCGAAGCGUGCGUGAAAACAAUAUGGACGCUAAAAUUGGAAAAUUUCUCGCAAUUAUUUGAAGGAAAGGGAGUUGUUUCUUAAGAAUUUGAAAGCAAUAACGUUUGUGUAUAUUGCUAAGAUACGUUACUCGCUUGGAAACCAUACAUCGCUGGUGAAAACUACAAAAUAUCGACGAUGAGUUCAACCGCGUCCAAGGUAGCAGAUAUUUUCACGGCAGCAGGGGCUGCGUUUAAUCGUCUUGGUGAACUCACAGUUCAACUUCAUCCUCUUACAAGUGAUGGGUCAGCACAAGCAAGUGGGAAAUGGGGAGAGACUGAGAUAGAAAUGUUGCGAGAUGCGGUGAAACGUUUUGGAGAAGAUCUGAAGAAAAUCAGUGAGAUUAUUACAACCAAAUCCAUAACACAAAUUAAAAGUGCUUUAAAGCAACGCAUGUACGAACAGAGUUGUGGGGAAUCUGCAACCACACCUAAAAAGACUUCCCAGAAGAGAGGUGCUAAAGAAACGACUGCAAAUGGUCAGAAUGAGGGAGUUGCAGCCAAGAAAAUUAAACAAGAAAAUGCUGCUAGUUCAUCAGAACAACCAAAAGAUAAGUUAACAUCACCUUUGAAAGAGACUGAAAAUGAAGUUGAUGUAGAAAGUCUUGAAGAGUCCACAGCAGCCCAGAUUGCACAAAACAGCACUUCAGACACGAGCAAGACUGGAAGCGAAGUGACGUCAUCGGAUGUGGCCUCGUCAUAAGUAACAAAACACAAAGCAAUGCAAAGCCACGCACUUUGCUUUGGUCUUGUAGGAUGCAAAGAUGCGUGUUAUUUUCGCUAAGAAAGGAAUCUUACUUUUAACAUGAUAACAUUGUAUAAUAAUAUGAACUGGAUUUGAGAAGUUUUAUUUUACGAACGAAAGUGGUUUCGGAGUGACUGUAUAAAAAUUAGGAUGUAUAUUAAAAUGAGCUGGUAUCUUAAAUGAAACCCGUUCACGAAUUUUUUUUUUAAAUUUUUUUUUGGUGCCGUCGAGUCGAGAUAAAUGACAUGUACAUUGUAACAAAGAUAAUAUAAUAACUCAUAUCGCCGAGAAAUGACCCACAUUUUCAAAAGUACCUACUUAAAAGUCUCUUGUGAAAACACGUGUGUAUUGCAAAUGGUCGGGAUCGCGCCAUUAACAUAUUGUUAUUAUAAUAGCCUAGGCAAUA